CAGUGCGAGUUCGGGACGUGUUUGUUUCUGUAAACAGAUCGCGAUUUAUGUUAUUUUUAAUAUUUUUAUGUACAUUUGUCGAAACUUAAUGAAUUAUAACUAAAACAGUGGAUAGUUUUUGUUUAGGACAAAGCGUUUGUCGCGGCAAAGCGUUUUCGUUCAGCUGCAUUUCGUGUAUUGGCAGCCCUGAAGCACUCGCAUUUUUGUUUACACGCCAUACAAAUUUUUUUUGCCUUAACUCGCACGGAUCCCCUGUCCCAGGCGCAGUCGAGUUGAAUCCAACAUUUAAAAUGAAAUUGGAUAACUUUCGCCUGAUCGUGGAAGUUGGUCAACGUCGCGCUCUAUGGGAUUCGACCAUGCAGCUGAGCAUACGCAAAGAUGUUGGCGCGUUACAAUGGCAGGAAGUGGCGAACAUAAUGCAGAUGGAAGUACCCGUGUGCAAGAAGCGCUUCAAAGGACUGCGUGACAGCUAUCGCUCAGAGAUACGCAAGAUACAGCAGAAGCGCAGUGACCAUUCAAACUGGCCCUACUUUCGAGCCCUGGAAUUUCUGCGUAACAUAUUCGAUCCGGACAAAAUGGUGCCCUUCUCGCCGGUGCCCUUUGACAUAGACAUUGACGCUGCAGAUUAUGAGCAAAACAAGCUGGAUGACUUUAUCAUUGAUGUGGACAACGAUGAUUCGUUUGAUUUUGAAAUUAUGGGUGAUAUUUUCAAGCGCGACUCGACCGAGCCACAGGGUCAUGAUUCUGGAUCGGAUAUGUCAGUGAUCAAUAGACAACACUUUGAUAUGUCCGCAUCGAACAUGUCGAAUGCAUCAAUUCCCAUGAACAGAUCGGACAUCGAUCAUCAUGGCUCAUCAUCGCCCAGAUUGUUAUCACCAUUGCUGCCCAAAGCACCGGCGGCAAAACGUACGCGACGCCGCAAGACAUCAUCGUCAACAGAUGGACCAUAUCUGAAUGGUCACGCGACUAACGUAAUAAAGUCGACGCCAGUGCCUCCAUUGGAACCAGCUACCAAAGAUGAUCCCGACUAUAACUUCCUAAUUAGCUUGCUGCCACACGUGAAAACGCUGUCGAGUAUGAAUAAUAUGAAAUUUCGUAUGGAGGUCAGUCGAAUGUUAAUGGAGAUGAAUCAGCAGGAUAUGCAGCCGGGACAGCGUGACAUAGAUCAUGCGACAGCCUUGCCAAAACUAAUCCCAGCACCGGCUUCGAACUAUGAGCACGAGAACGACACAUCUAAAUAUAGUAUGGGCGGCACACUGAAUGGCAGCGCAUUUCUUGCACACAGUUCCAUGAUAGAGUGUGAUGUUAAGAUAGAAAACGAACCCCUGUUUUAAGGAUUGAUCAUGAAUUUAGCUGUAUAUAAGUACAUACAUAGAUGUUAAACACAACAAAUUGGCUAUAUCCAAAAUUAUUUUACGGUUUAUAUAUUCAAAUAACAUACGUUUGACAAAUUCCCCACUCAUUGUAAACCCAACCUUUACAAAUACAUUCAUAAUUGCUGUAAUUAUUUCAAAUAUACAUUUGAACCAAAUUACCCUCUAUACUCUCA